AUGUCAGCCUACGGUGCUUCUCCCUCUACGGCUGCUCGCCGUCACGCACCCCAAAGCCAUGUUUCCGACUGGAUGCAACACCCGUCUUCACAUACGCCCUCUCAUGCGUCUUUCAAGGGUCCCCCAGCAGCAGUUUCGGGGUUGAAAGUGGAAUCCUUUGUCGCGCCAGCACCCCCAGCCGCUCCUUUCCACUAUUCAUCCUCCCGUUCUCGUCCCUUCGCCGCGCCGCCCUUGCAUGUACCGAGCGCCACAUAUCGGCAUACUUCUUCUCGUCGGUCAAUAGCACCUACGGUUCUCCCCAGCGAUAGUGCGUCACAACUGGGGGGAAGAGUCGUGGGUUCUGCGAAGACUCCUUCAAUUGUUCCUGUUGAUACUCCAUCUAUCCAUCAUUCGUCAUCUAAUAUCACUCGGUCUUUGUCACACAGCCUGUCGGCGUCCCCCGCUCUCGUCCCUGCGCCUAUCCCGAGCCACGUGUCUCGACACGUUCCCUCUGUGGCGUCGUCGAGUUGUACUUCUUCGUCGCACACACGCGCACUGUCAGUCCCUAACUCAGCCAAUAGCUUGACGAGUUCAAGAUACAGCGUCAUCCACGCCAAGCCCAAUCAGAUGGUCAUUGUUCCACUCGCCGAUGGAGGAUGUGUUAUUGUCCCUCCGAAGGGGAAGCGUGUCAGAGUUAGUCAGGUUUACGGCCGCUGA